GAGCUGCUGGAGGAGGAGAGGGGGGGCGGCGGCUUCCUCACAGCGGAAGGAGACGACGGAUCUCCGGCAGGACAAUGUGAGGCACCGAGAGUUGGUCGGACGCAUUCCGGGGAACAGCCGCGAUGGACGCGGGGACGUUUUAACGCGUUUCGCGGGUUCGACAACGAGCCGAUUAUUCAGCGGAAGUCCGCGUGUUUGGAUCCCGCGGCAGCGAUGGGAGCGACCCGCUGAAGGGGCCGCGGCGGCUGGGCCCACAACCGGGAGAAAGAUGGGUGUCGCGCUGCGGAGCCUGUUGUUGUGUAGUUUUUGUUUGCUCGUACGAGGCGUGCCGCUGCUGCUCUAUGCGAACCGACGGGACCUUCGGCUCGUGGACGCGGCACACGAGAAGACCAACGCUACAGUGGUGGUGGGCGGGCUGGAGGACGCCGCCGCCGUGGACUACGUCUACUCCCAGGGCCUCAUCUACUGGAGCGACGUCAGCGAGGAGGCCAUCAAACGCACCGUCUUUAACCAGUCAGGGGCCAGCGCCGUCCAGACCGUGGUCCCCGGUCUGGCCUCCCCUGACGGAUUGGCCUGUGAUUGGUUGGGGAGUAAGCUCUACUGGACGGACUCGGAGACCAAUCGGAUCGAGGUGGCCGAGCUGGACGGCUCCUCGAGGAAGGUUUUGUUCUGGCAGGAGCUGGACCAGCCGAGGGCCAUCGCUCUGGAUCCGGAACGAGGGUACAUGUACUGGACGGACUGGGGCGAGGUCCCUAAGAUCGAGCGGGCGGGGAUGGACGGGACCAACCGCUCGGUGAUCGUGGACCAGGAGAUCUACUGGCCCAACGGCCUGACGCUGGACUACGGGCCGGGGAAGCUCUACUGGGCCGACGCCAAGCACAACUUCAUCCACCGGGCCGACCUGGACGGCUCCUCCAGGGAGUCCGUGGUCAAGGGGGAGCUGCCCCACCCCUUCGCCCUCACCCUCUACGAGGACACCCUCUUCUGGACCGACUGGAGCACCCACUCCAUCCACUCCUGCAGGAAGCAGACCGGGGACGAGCAGCGCGUGGUUCACUCCCACAUCCUGUCCCCCAUGGACAUCCACGUCUUCAGCGCCAAGAGACAGGCCACGGUGGUGAGCAGCCACUGCUCGGUGAACAAUGGAGGAUGUUCCCACCUCUGUCUCCUGUCCCCGAUGAAGCCCUUCUAUCUGUGUGCUUGUCCCACCGGAGUCCAGCUGCUGGAGGACGGGAAGACCUGCAGAGACGGUGCGACCCGGAUGCUGCUGCUGGCCCGGAGGACCGACCUGCGGCACAUCUCUCUGGACACGCCGGACUUCACCGACGUGGUCCUGCAGGUGGAGGACAUCCGGCACGCCAUCGCGGUGGACUACGACCCGGUGGAGGGCUACGUCUACUGGACGGACGACGAGGUGAAGGCCAUCCGCCGCUCGCGGCUGGAUGGCGCCGACGCCCAGUUUUUGGUCACGUCCCAGGUCAACCACCCGGACGGCAUCGCCGUGGACUGGAUUGCCCGGAACCUGUACUGGACCGACACCGGCACGGACCGCAUCGAGGUGACCCGGCUCAACGGGACCAUGAGGAAGAUCCUGAUCUCCGAAGACCUCGACGAGCCCAGGGCCAUCGUGCUGGACCCCGUGGCCGGCUACAUGUACUGGACCGACUGGGGGGAGGUGCCUAAGAUUGAGCGGGCCAACCUGGACGGGACGGAGCGCCUGGUGAUGGUCAACACGUCUCUGGGUUGGCCCAAUGGACUCGCCCUCGACUACGAGGAACGCAAGCUGUACUGGGGGGACGCCAAGACCGACAAGAUCGAGGUGAUGGACAUGGACGGGACGGGUCGGCGGGUGCUGGUGGAGGACAUGCUUCCCCACAUCUUUGGCUUCAGUCUGCUGGGAGACUUCAUCUACUGGACGGACUGGCAGCGCCGCAGCAUCGAGCGCGUCCACAAGCGCACGGCCGAGAGGGAGGUCAUCAUCGACCAGCUGCCCGACCUCAUGGGCCUCAAGGCCACCCACGUGCACGAGUCCUCGGGUACCAACCCGUGUGCAGAGAGCAACGGCGGCUGCAGCCACCUGUGCCUGUACAAGCCGCAGGCCGUGCAGUGCGGCUGCCCCAUCGGCCUGGAGCUCAUCGCCGACAUGCGCACCUGCAUCGUGCCCGAGGCCUUCCUGCUCUUCUCCCGCCACACCGACAUCCGCCGCAUCUCCCUGGAGACCAACAACAACAACGUGGCCAUCCCGCUCACCGGCGUCAAGGAGGCCUCGGCGCUGGACUUCGACGUCACCGACAACCGGAUCUACUGGACAGACAUCACCCUGAAGACCAUCAGCCGGGCCUUCAUGAACGGCAGCGCCCUGGAGCACGUGGUGGAGUUCGGCCUGGACUACCCGGAGGGGAUGGCCGUGGACUGGCUGGGGAAGAACCUGUACUGGGCCGACACCGGUACCAACCGCAUCGAGGUGGCCAAGCUGGACGGGCAGCACCGGCAGGUCCUGGUCUGGAAGGAUCUGGACAGUCCGCGAGCGCUGGCUCUGGACCCGGCUGAGGGGUACAUGUACUGGACCGAGUGGGGGGGGAAGCCCAAGAUCGACCGGGCCGCCAUGGACGGGACGGGCCGCAUCACCCUGGUGGCCGACGUGGGCCGGGCCAACGGGCUCACCAUCGACUACGCCGAGCGGCGCCUCUACUGGACCGACCUGGACACCACGCUCAUCGAGUCGUCCAACAUGCUGGGUCAGGACCGCGAGGUCAUAGCCGACGACCUGCCCCACCCCUUCGGACUCACCCAGUACCAGGACUACAUCUACUGGACGGACUGGAGCCAGCGCAGCAUCGAGCGCGCCAACAAGACCAGCGGGCAGAACCGCACCGUGAUCCAGGGCCACCUGGACUACGUCAUGGACAUCCUGGUGUUCCACUCCUCCCGGCAGGGGGGCUGGAACGCCUGCGCCUCCACCAACGGCCACUGCUCCCACCUCUGCCUCGCCGUGCCCGUCAGCGGCUUCGUCUGCGGAUGCCCCGCCCACUUCUCCCUCAACUACGACAACAAGACGUGCAGCGCUCCCACCUCCUUCCUGCUGUUCAGCCAGAAGACGGCCAUCAACCGCAUGGUGAUGGACGAGCAGCAGAGUCCCGACAUCAUCCUGCCCAUCCACAGCCUGAGGAACGUCCGCGCCAUCGACUACGACCCGCUGGACAAACACCUGUACUGGAUCGACUCCAAGCAGGGCGUCAUCCGCCGCGCCCUGGAGGACGGCAACCAGAGCAGCACGGUGGUCUCCAGCGCCGCCCCGGGACCCGGCCCGGGCCUCCAGCUGUACGACCUGAGCAUCGACAUCUACAGCCGCUUCAUCUACUGGACCAGCGAGGUCACCAACGUCAUCAACGUGACCCGGACCGACGGGGGCCGGGUGGGCGUGGUGCUGAGAGGGGAGCAGGACAAGCCCAGGGCCAUCGUGGUCAACCCCGAGAGAGGGUACAUGUACUUCACCAACCUGCUGGAUCGCUCCCCCAAGAUCGAGCGGGCGGCCCUGGACGGGACGGAGCGAGAGGUCCUGUUCUUCAGCGGCCUGGGGAAGCCCGUGGCGCUGGCCGUGGACAACGAGGUGGGGAGGCUCUUCUGGGUGGACUCGGACCUGCGGCGCAUCGAGAGCAGCGACCUCUCCGGAGCCAAUCGGAUCGUGAUCGCCGACUCCAACAUCCUGCAGCCGGUGGGCCUGACGGUGUUCGGGGAGCAUCUCUACUGGAUCGACAAGCAGCAGCAGAUGAUCGAACGCAUCGACAAGACCACCAGGGAGGGGCGCACCAAGAUCCAGGCCCGCAUCGCCUACCUGAGCGACAUCCACGCCGUGCACGAGCUGGACAUGAGGGAGUACGGUAAACACCCGUGUACGUGGGACAACGGCGGCUGCUCCCACAUCUGCAUCGUGAAGGGAGACGGGACCACCCGCUGCUCGUGUCCCGUCCACCUGGUGCUGCUGCAGAACGAGCUGUCCUGUGGAGAGCCGCCCACCUGCUCCCCGGAGCAGUUCUCCUGCACCUCCGGCGAGGUGGACUGCAUCCCGCAGGCCUGGAGGUGCGACGGCUACCCCGAGUGUGACGACGGCAGCGACGAGGAGGACUGUCCCGUCUGCUCCGAGGACGAGUUCCAGUGCGACAGCCGGCAGUGCGUUGACCUCCGCCUGCGCUGCAACGGGGAGGUCAACUGCCAGGACCGGUCCGACGAGAGCAAGUGUGAAGUGCGCUGUCCUCCGGACCAGUUCUCCUGCUCCAGCGGUCAGUGCAUCGGGAAGCACAAGAAGUGCGACCACAACACCGACUGUGCCGACAACUCUGACGAGAUCGGCUGCUACCCCACCGAGGAGCCCCCCCCUCCCUCCAACAACACCAUCGGCUCCAUCGUGGGAGUGGUCAUGGCGCUGUUCGUGGUAGGCGCCGUGUACUUUGCGUGCCAGCGCGUCCUCUGUCCACAGAUGAAGGACGACGGCGAGACGGUCACCAAUGACUUUGUGGUGCACGGGCCGUCCUCGGUGCCGCUGGGCUACGUGCCGCACCCCGCCUCGCUGUCCAGCUCGCUGCCAGCAGGGAUGUCCAGGGGGAAGUCCGUGAUUGGCUCCCUCAGCAUUAUGGGCGGGAGCAGCGGGCCGCCCUACGACCGCGCCCACGUGACCGGAGCUUCGUCCAGCAGCUCGUCCAGCACCAAGGGAGCCUACUUCCCCCCGAUCCUGAAUCCUCCUCCGUCUCCUGCUACUGUCCGCUCUCAGUACACCAUGGAGUUCGGUUACUCCUCCAACAGUCCCUCAACUCACCGGUCCUACAGCUACCGGCCCUACACCUACCGUCACUUCGCCCCCCCCACCACCCCGUGCAGCACGGACGUGUGUGACAGCGACUACACUCCGGGCCGCCGGGCGCCGCUGAGGUCGGCCGGCAUUGCUAAGGGUUACGCCAGCGACCUGAACUACGACUCGGAGCCGUUCCCCCCCCCGCCGACCCCCCGCAGCCAGUACCUGUCAGCGGAGGAGAACUGUGAGAGCUGCCCUCCGUCGCCGUACACCGAGCGCAGCUACUCGCACCACCUCUACCCGCCCCCCCCCUCGCCCUGCACGGACUCCUCGUGAGCCCCCCUCACUGUAAAUAGCAAUUGUCCAUAUAUGAGGUUAAAGACGGGAGCGCGGCAACGAGGAAACAAACAGGAGGACAUUUGUACAUUGAAAAAGAGAAAAGCAUAUUUAUAUAUUUUCUAUACAGUGUUUACUGAUGAUCACAUAGAGGUUUGUAUUGAGACAUUUGUACAGUUUUUAACAAAAGGUUUUAUUAAAAUCAUCACAGCUAUAAGUUGCCUUAAACCAGAAGAAAGAGGCUGAAGGACUAAAAGCUCACGGCGGGACGUCUUAACUUAUCUGAUGCCAAAUAUGAAAAACAUCAGCAGGAGGCCCAGCGGUGUCUGUAGUUACCAUGUCAACUGGAGAAAAGGGCCAUGUGACCUCGCGAUACUUUGAUUUACCUUUUACCUCCUCACUGAUGUGAGUCAUGUGAUCAGUCAUGAAGCAAUAAGACUUAUUUAUUAAACCAGCUGCAGGGGGAGGCCCUGAUGUAUGGACGCUUUCUAAAUGCUCAUCAUUUAGAGUCCAAGUCAUCGACGGCGUCUCCUUUCAGCUUCUAUGGAAGACAAUCGGCCUCUUUUGGUACUUUCUGUUUUUUGCUAUUGAAACUCCCUCUUGUACCUCCUGGGCCUCCGUACUCCAACGGUCACGUGUCACAUGACUCUAAAGAUACCAAAACGUUGCUUCUCGUUGAUUUUCCCUCCCUCGUGCCCUAUGACCUUCAUGACCCCUUGUUCCUUCAGAGACCCAGUGCCCACUAAAUGCUUUAUAUAGUAUUUUUGUACCACAUAUUGUGUAGAUAUCGUAUUUAUAAGCUAUAUAAGAGAUUGUUGUAAAUCGACAUUGAACUCUCGCAGUACUUUUCAUUCCGUCUUUUUUUUAUAUCAACUCGUUAUAUUUUUCUACAAAGUUUCGCUCCAAAUGUUCGGCGACAAUCUCAGAUCGAAAAUAAACGGAAUGCAGGUUUUUAGCAUCUGUGCCAGAAUGAACCCGAGUGGAGGCAGAUAUUUGGACCAGAUGUCAGACAGGAAGUCAAAUGAGUAUCAGCUGUUUUUGUGUUUUUUGGUUAAUCGGCUGCCGUGUUUUUGUUUCUAGUAAAGACGGAAUAUAUUUUUUUGAAGACGACUUUGUUUCGUCAAGUCUUCGUCAAAAUGUAAAAGAACACCAGCGUGAAUCUGACAAUCUUUGUGCACAUUCAUUCACUACAUGGAAACGUCUGCUGUCUCAAAGACACUUUAUUUUCUGUUAUAAAAUAAUUUCUUUCAUUUUAGGGCCUUUUUAGAAUGUAUUAAAUUUACUGAAAUAUGUAAUUUAUUACAGGGAUAAAUUACUAAAUCAAAUUCAAGUCUGUCUUUCUGAAUAAAAAGAGCCGGUUAUUGUUAUAAAUGUUAAAAACUCAUGAUUAUAACAAUAAACCACUUCUGGUAAUCGUGUUCUCGUGUUCAGGAAACAUGAGAACGAGCUCUAACAUCUUUAUUCUUCUUAAAAGUGUUGAAAUGAUUCUAAAAAACCUGAAUGUUUGAAACCAACAAAAUCCUAAAGAUGUUUUUGUCUUUUUAAUUGUUUAUAACCAGAAUAAAUCCAAAACAAGUUAUUGAUUUGUUUGUGGAGAGCGACGGACCGACAGGAACACGUCACAGACCUGUAGAUUCACUCUGGACCGCAUUUGAAUUUUUUACGACAUUUUUUUUACUUUUUUGAGGCUAAAACCAGAAAAGUCUCAAUAAUCUCGACAAGAAAUCAAACCGACUCGUUGCGCCAAACACCGACUGGAAGACGCUGUGUGGUCGGCGCCGCUGUCGUGGACAGAUGUGGACACUUGAGGACAUUUAUUCAUUAGAACAUGUGGAACCAUAGCUGCACUUUACGGGACUUUUGCUUCAAACCUUCAGAGUGAAGUUUUUAAUUUCUUUUGUUCAGAAGAACAAAAAUAAAUUGUUUCGUCACGUUAUUCCUUUUUUAAACAUCUUCAACAGAAUGUCAAAGAAAGCGGUUUGAUUCACACUAACCAUGAAUCUGAUAAAUGUGAAAGGAAUCAACAUUUUAAUUCAAAAGCUUGAAUUCUUUUUUUUUAAAGUACUAAUUCACAUUUUAAGAGGAACCAAUAAGAUUCAUGAUCAUCAUAUAAGUUUCAGGGUGUUCACGAGUAAAAGCAUGUCUUAUUGUC